AUGGUGCAGGACCACGCCAACAACCACCACCACCUGCAGCAGCAGCUGGCCAAGUACGGCGGCGCUGGCGGCAACGGCAACAGCAUCGCCGGCCCCGGCCCCGGCGUUUCGGCCACAGGCGUGGCGCGGGCGUCGAGGAAGAACAAGCCCAAGAAGAUCCCGCAGCGCGGCCUCGGCGUGGCGCAGCUCGAGAAGCUCCGCAUCGAGGAGCAGAAGAAGAUGGGAGGGUCAGGGACAGCCACGGCCACGCCAUCGUCUCACGCGCUCAACGGCGGUGGCCUCUGCCAGCUCCCCACGCUUCACCAUCUUCCGCCACCGGCGCCACCACUGAGCGCUCUGUCGAGACCCGCCACCGACGGCGGCGCGCACUGCGGCUUCCGGCCGGUGCUCUGGAGCCCGGUGGAUCCCAUGAAGCAACCGUACAAGAGAAGCCUGUGCCCUCAGCCUCCACUCCCAAUGGUGACCACGGGCCUGUCUCUGACGGCGCCGUCGAGCCACCCUACGGAGCCCCCUUCAAACCAAAUGUACAGAAGCAGCACGAGCAGCAUGGCGGCGCUGGCGCCGACCGAGGAGGAGAUCAGGGAGACGGCCGGCGUGGAUAGGUCCUGGCCCUUCAUGUUCGAGGGGAUGGCUGCCUUCAGGUCGACGAGCAAAGCCCUUCCUCCUCCUCCUCCGGUGCCCACUUUCGCCAUCAGGACGGCCAGCGAUUCUGGGUUGGCCGAUGCUAGUCCUGACCUGAGUAGAUACGAGUUCAGAGCAACUAAUUACUUCAGUGGAAGUGCGUACCCGAAUUGUUCAGACUGGACAUCAGAGUUGGCUCACCGUAAGGAUGCCGGCCAUGGCAGAGACGCUGCCUUGCUCACCUUGAGCUCGCGGCCUCCACACCUCAUCAAGCAGCCUCACGUGGCGCCAUCAAUGCACAGCCCGGAGUACAGAGACUUCAGUGCCAGCGCCAUGCCAUCCCAGGCAAGUCAAAAUCAGGCAGCAUCGUCGUCGUCGCAGCCAUUCUACACCUUCCUCCCGGUCGGUCCGGUUCGUGGCGAGAGAGCCCAAAGCGAGUGCAAGACCGACAUGCCAGAAGGCAGUGUCGACUUGGAGCUGAAGCUAUGGCAGGGCUGA